AUUUUCCACAUAACUCACAAAACAUGUCUUCUUCGUUUCUCUCAUCUACUGCUUCUUUCUUCAUCUUUUUACUCUAUCUGAGUUCCUUCCACGUCUCCGAUGGAGCUCAACAAGCUACUUACAUCGUUCACAUGGCUAAAUCUCAGAUGCCCUCGAGCUUCGGCCACCACUCUCUCUGGUACGAUUCCUCACUCCGGUCCGUAUCAGAAUCUGCUGAAAUGCUCUACACUUACAACAACGCAAUUCAUGGAUUCGCCACUCGGCUUACUCCCGAAGAAGCCGACUCACUCAUGGUCCAACCCGGUGUCAUCUCGGUUCAACCAGAGCAGCGGUACGAGUUACACACCACUCGUACUCCACUGUUCCUCGGCCUCGACGUACACAACGCAGGCUUAUUCCCUGAAACCGGCGCAGCCAGUGACGUCGUCAUCGGAGUUCUCGACUCAGGUGUUUGGCCAGAGAGCAAAAGCUUCUCCGACGAAGGAUACGGUCCUAUUCCGUCUACAUGGAAGGGCGAAUGCGAGGCUGGGACUAACUUCACCGCUUCGCUCUGUAACCGCAAACUAAUCGGAGCUAGAUUCUUUGCAUCCGGUUACGAAGCAAAUAAUGGAUCAGUGGACGAAUCCAAAGAGUCGAGAUCGCCUAGAGACGAUGACGGUCACGGAACACACACGGCGUCAACUGCGGCUGGAUCAGUCGUGGAAGGAGCUAAUUUUAGAGGCUUCGCUAACGGAACGGCUCGUGGGAUUGCUCAUCGCGCUAGAGUGGCUGUUUACAAAGUUUGUUGGCAAAAUGGUUGCGUGAGCUCAGAUAUUUUAGCUGGAAUCGAUAAAGCCAUCGCCGAUAAUGUCAACGUUCUAUCCAUCUCACUCGGCGGUAGAGAUAAAGUAACUGAUUAUUCUGCAGACCAUACUACCAUUGGAGCAUUUUCGGCCACGGAAAGAGGGAUCUUUGUUUCCUGCGCUGCUGGUAAUAAUGGUCCCAGCCCAUCCAGUUUAAGGAACGAAGCACCGUGGGUUACUACGGUUGGUGCUGGUACAUUAGAUCGUGAUUUUCCCGCGCUUGCGAUUCUCGGCAAAGGGAAGAACUACACUGGAGUUUCAGUGUUUAAAGGAGAUGCACUUCCGGCUAAAUUGUUGCCGUUUGUUUAUGGAAAUUAUUGUAGCCCCGGAACACUAAAUCCUGAGAAGGUAAAGGGGAAGAUCGUGAUGUGCGACAAAGAACCAGAGAGUAUUACGGUUCUUAAAGGGUGGGUGGUGAGAGCUGCCGGUGGACUCGGUAUGAUUCUUGCGAAUGAGGACGGAGAAGAGGUUCUCGCGGAACCUCACAUCUUACCGACGACCGCUGUCGGACAGAAAGCCGGUGACAUCAUCCGCAGCUACGUCUUGACCGAUCCGAAUCCCACCGCUUCGAUUUUGAUACAAGGAACGGUCGUCAACGUCCAACCGUCUCCGGUGGUGGCGGCUUUUAGCUCGCGGGGACCUAAUACGAUGACGCCGAACAUUCUCAAACCGGAUUUGAUCGCUCCUGGAGCCAAUAUACUCGCCGCUUGGACGAGUCCCACUGAAUUCUUCAUCAACUCGGGAACGUCCAUGUCUUGCCCUCACGUGAGUGGUUUAGCGGCUAUCCUCAAGUCUGUGCAUCCAGAAUGGAGCCCGGCGGCGAUUAGAUCGGCUCUCAUGACCACCGCUUACAAUACCUACAGAGACGGCAAACCGAUCCUCGACAUCGCGACGGGAAAACCUUCAACACCGUUCCAGCACGGUGCAGGACACGUGUCGCCAACGACAGCCGUCAAUCCAGGACUCAUUUACGAUCUAACGACUGUGGAUUAUUUAGAUUUCCUUUGUGCGUUGAAGUACACUUCGUCUCAGAUCAUAAGCGUGUCGAGAGGCAAUUACCCUUGCGAUUCAAACAAAACUUACUCCGUUGCUGAUCUAAACUAUCCGUCGUUUGCCGUUAACGUCGACGGGUCUGAUACGUACAAGUACACACGCACUGUCACAAACGUGGGAGGAGCUGGUUCGUACUCGGUUAAAGUAAUCUCUGAGACAACGGCAGUCAAGAUUUCGGUUGAACCGGCGGUUUUGAAUUUCAAAGAAGUGAACGAGAAGAAAUCGUAUUCGGUUACGUUUACCGUUGUCUCAUCCAUGGCGCCAAGGUCUAACAGCUUCGGGAGCAUUGAAUGGUCAGAUGGGAAACACGUGGUGGCCAGUCCCGUGGCGAUUAGCUGGCCAUAGUGGUAAAUUAUGUUCAACUUGAGUAAGAAGAAAGUCACGGAUAUUGUAAUGUCGUUUUUCAUAAGGGUUCUGUUUAGCAAAACAGCAUGCAGUCUGUUUUGUAUGUAAUCAUGAGAUUUGAAAAUUUUAAUAAAAUAAAAAUAAGUUUAAUA